AAGCUCUCUGCCCUCCGCCAGUUUGUCACCAGUUCCGUUUGCCGAAUUUCGAAUUUCUCUCGUGUUGAAACAACGCCGAGAGCCAAUCCUCCUCUCGAGGUCAGAACUACCCUCGACGAUCAGCAAGGAAGUUUCAACCACCCGAUAUAAACACUAAUUACCACCGCUCGAGACCCGUUUCAGUUUGGCACUCAUACAGAAUGCGACAGUGAGCAGUGUUUCUACCAAAAGGAUAACCUCCCUUCAAAAUGAAUCGGUUUAAACUAUCGAUUGUACUCCUGCUCUUGAGCACGGUGGCCAUUGCGCUGGCCAAUGAGGCCAACGAAGAAGCCUUGAAGGACGCAGAUUCAGACUCCACCCACACUGGUGCCGAGCCUCAGAAGCGCUCCCUUAAGAAGUUGAAAAAGCUCAAAAAGCUGGCACUUCUCAAGAAAAAAGGCCCUUGGUUCCUCCCACAGUUCGAGGUCGAAGAGGUCAAAGAAACCUCACCUCUCCCCGUGUUCAAAGUACACAAAUACGCCGGGAUUGAAGUCAAGCCUAUCCCCACCACCCCGCCACCACCACCACCGCCCGCAGUCUACGGACCACCAUCUCCACCGCCAACCGUUUACGGACCACCCGAAACCGCCGCAGCAGCCGUAGCUACUUCUGAAGGCAAGGGAAACCCCGACCUGGCAAUCCUCGACUCCCUGGGCCCCCUCGUCUCCGGCGAAGGCGGCGUGGAUCUAUCCGCUCUUUUGAGCAUCUCUGGCAGCGGUGAAAUCCCGUUGGAAGCCAUCGAAACCCUCUCCCAGAUCGCCAAGACCAACCCCAAACUCGUGGCCAGCAUCGUAAACGGACUGAAGAACCCCAAGGUCAAGAAAGCCGGCAUUAUCGCUGCUUUGUUGAAGCUCAAGGCCAAGAAGAAGCUCCUGAAGAAGAAGAAGCUGAAACUGUUGGCCAAGGGAGUCGCCGCCAAGGCCGCCAUCACCAAGAAGAAGCUUCUCGCCCCCUUCGCUUUGGUGGCCGCUGAGGGCGCUAAGGUCGCAUCCGCGGUCUCCUCCAUCCCCUCCAACAUCGCCGGCUACAUCUGGCCCGAAGAAGAGACCGGACCCUACGAGGCCGAGCUCCCCACCCCUCUAGAAGAAGUUUCACCCCUUUUCUCCCUUGAAGCCCUAUCACCUCUCCCCGGUCUCCCGCUCCUGAAAUUCCCCGGCAAAUACAAGCUCAAGAAGCACCACCCUUACGUCAGCGUUAAGCUCCCAACCACCCAUCAACCUGCACCUCCCCCACCACCACCCACACCUGCACCCGUCUACGGACCUCCACCGCCAGUAGAGCCCGUCCCCGUCUACGGUCCCCCUCCACCACCACCACCACCACCUCCACCACCACCAGCACCCCCUGUAGAUGUUUACGGCCCACCCCAAGCCCCAGCAGCCACCUACGGCGUGCCCUCUGCCCUUGCCCCCGGUACCCACCUCGAGCCUCCUCCACUACCCUUGGAUACCCCGAGACAGGUAGCAGCCGCCGCUGCAGUUGACUCCUACCAAGUUCCGAUCGCCGUGUACGCCCAAGGCCAGCGCCUCAUCACCCCGGCCGGUACGACGCUGACCGCACCUGCUUACUACAACGUUGACUCGUUCUUGGCAGCUUCGGAGAACGACGAGGUGGAGGCAGAAGGUGACGAAGGCCACGAGGAUGUUGAAGAGGUCGAGCACGUGGUGGCACGAGGAAACCACAGCGAGCACGCCGAACAUGGAAAGCAGACAGCCCAUGCUCUGCCAUCCCACAAUGUCCACCAUGUCCAGGCUGAGCGUGAACACCCCGCUUACCACGCUGAACACGCACAGCGUGCUGAACAUGGACAUGAAGCUGUCCACGCUGAGCAUGAACACGUGCAAAAUGCCAGACCGGUGACCAAUCAGAUGAGGAGAUCGCCGCCUCCGGCCGAGCAGAAGCACGAACAGCAGCCAGAGCAGUUUGUGCGAGGAGAAGUUUUCGUCGUUCCUCUUAACCAUGCUAUGGAGGACACACAUCAACAGGAGCAUGCCAGUGAAGAAUCAAAUUCUGCAUCUCAUUAAUUUUGAGAUUCUCCAUCAAUGAUGCCAUAUCAUUAAUUUAAUGUAAAUAUAUUUUAAAUUUGUAUUUAUUUCUUAAUUUUAGCAUUAGGUUAAAUUAAUUUCUUAGGAU